UGGCCGUGAAUCCCCGCAGCUCGGACCCGCGGGGCUGGACGCUGCCCGUUGCCUGGAGAGGCCCGGGCUCCCCGAGCCUUGCUCCGCCGCGAGGAAACUGGCGCGCGACGAGGCGAUCAGGCCUGGAGGCUGAGGGGGCGGUCCGUUUUCUCCCCAGAGGGGCUUGUGGGCCUCGGACCCGGUCGGCGUGGGUGUGGCAGAAAGCGGGGGCCGGACUGGGUUUGUGGGCGCGGCUUCUUCUGCCGGGCGGUAUCCUAAGGUCCUGCCCCACGCCGUCCCCUCAGCCUCCUAGGCCGGGCCGGGCAGAGAAGAUCCACUUUCUUCUCGGUAAGGGGCGCUGCACAGCCCCGCACCCCCACUUCAAGGCGCGCCCCUAGGGUCAGGGAAGGACCCGCUGGACACGGAAGACGCGGUGGGCGGCGGCGGCGCCCAAGCUGCGAGCCCGAACGCGGUCGUCGCGGACUUUUCUCUCGGCUCUUCAUUUGUGUGUGCAGGUGGGGGGGAGGGGGUGGACCCAAGAUCCAGGAGACCUGGAUUUUCUUUGAGUCCGGAAAAGCCUGGGCUGUAACCAGACCUAUUUGCUCCCCUAGUCCUGCGAGUCUUCCUAGAAGACCUGCGAAGGGGGAAGGAGCCGCCGCGGCGCCGCCGGCAGCCAGGUUCUCGCUCUGACUUCUAUGGACUCUGCUUCACCAGUAAAUGAUCUUUGAGAAAAACGGACCAUUUCUUGGAACCCUAAAACCAUGGCUCAUAAUAUGGUGGUAUUCAGAGAUGUGGCUGUAGAUUUCUCCCAGGAAGAGUGGAAAUAUUUGAACUCCUAUCAGCGGAAUUUGUACAGAGAUGUGACAUUAGAGAACUACAGCAACUUGGUGUCUGUGGGGUGUUCCUUUUCUAAGCCAGAUGUAAUUACCCUUUUAGAGCAAGGGAAAGAACCCUGGAUGGUUGGGAGGAAUGAGAAAAGAAGAUGGAGUCUAGAUUUGGAAUCCAGAUAUGACAAAAAAACAUUUCAAGGAAAGAAUAUUUGUGAAAUGAAUUUAUCCCAGUGGGAAAUAAUGGAAAAAAUUAGAAGUUAUGCUAUCGAAGAUUCAUUUUUGAGGAAAAAUUAUGAAUAUAAAAGGUUUAUCGAAGAAGCAGGUUCUCAGAAGGGAUAUUUCAAGCAAAUGGAAAGAAGUACUUCUGAAAAAAUGCCUACUUACAGAAAACUCACACCUAUUACUCUCUAUCAAAAAAUUCAUAGUAGAGAGAAACCAUAUGAAUGUGGGGAAUGUGGGAAAGCUUUUAGGGUCCGUCAGCAACUUACUUUUCAUCAAAGAAUUCAUACUGGUGAAAAGCCCUAUGAAUGUAAAGAAUGUGGAAAAGCCUUUAGACAGAGUGCUCACCUUAGUCGACAUCAGAGGAUUCAUACUUCUGACAAACUCUGUGAAUGUAAGAAAUGUGGAAAGAUCUUCACAUGUGGCUCAGAUCUUCGAGUUCAUCAGAGAGUUCAUAUUGGUGAAAAGCCCUAUGAGUGCAAAGAAUGUGGGAAGGCCUUCAGGGUACGAGGACAACUUAAUCUCCAUCAAAGAAUUCAUACUGGUGAGAAACCCUAUGAAUGUAAGGAAUGUGGGAAGACUUUUAGACAAUAUGCACACCUCACUCGACAUCAAAGACUUAAUAUUGCUGAAAAGUGCUAUGAAUGUAAGGAAUGUGGACAAGCUUUUCUGUGUAGCACAGGCCUUCGGCUACAUCACAAACUUCAUACUGGUGAAAAACCGUACCAGUGUAAAGAGUGUGGGAAAGCCUUUAGAGUGCGGCAACAACUUACUCUCCAUCAGAGAAUUCAUACUGGGGAGAAGCCCUAUGAUUGUAAGGAGUGUGGGAAGACCUUUAGUCGUGCAUAUCAUCUAACUCUCCAUCAGAGAAUUCAUACAGGUGAGAAACCUUAUGAGUGUAAGGAGUGUCAGAAGUUCUUCCGUCGUUACUCCGAACUUAUUUCACAUCAGGGCAUUCACAUUGGAGAGAAACCCUAUGAUUGUAAGGAAUGUGGGAAAGCCUUUAGAUUGUUUUCACAACUUACUCAACACCAGAGUAUUCACUUUGGCGAGAAACCUUAUAAGUGUAAGGAAUGUGAGAAGACUUUUAGACUGCUCUCACAACUCACUCAGCAUCAGAGCAUUCACACUGGGGAGAAACCCUAUGACUGCAAAGAAUGUGGAAAGGAUUUUAGCUUUGUAUCAGUACUUAUUCGACAUCAGCGAAUUCAUACUGGUGAAAAACCUUAUGAGUGUAAAGAAUGUGGCAAGGCCUUUGGUAGUGGUGCAAACCUUGCUUACCAUCAAAGAAUUCAUACUGGUGAGAAACCUUAUGAAUGCCAUGAAUGUGGGAAAGCCUUUGGUAGUGGUUCAAAUCUUACCCACCAUCAGAGAAUUCAUACUGGUGAGAAACCUUAUGAAUGUAAGGAAUGUGGGAAAGCAUUUAGCUUUGGUUCAGGCCUUAUUCGUCAUCAGAUAAUUCACAGCGGUGAAAAGCCUUAUGAGUGUAAGGAAUGUGGGAAGUCUUUCAGUUUUGAAUCUGCCCUUACUAGGCAUCACAGAAUUCAUACAGGUGAGAAACCUUAUGAAUGUAAGGAUUGUGGGAAAACUUUUGGCAGUGGUUCCAACCUUACUCAACAUCAGCGGAUUCAUACUGGUGAGAAACCAUAUGAAUGUAAGGCAUGUGGAAUGGCCUUCAGUAGUGGUUCUGCCCUUACUCGGCAUCAGAGAAUUCACACUGGUGAGAAGCCCUAUGUUUGUAAUGAAUGUGGGAAGGCUUUUAGUUUUGGAUCAGCCCUUACUCGACAUCAACGAAUUCACACUGGUGAAAAACCUUAUGUAUGUAAGGAAUGUGGAAAGGCUUUUAAUAGUGGCUCAGAUCUCACUCAGCAUCAAAGAAUUCACACUGGUGAGAAACCCUAUGAAUGUAAGGAAUGUGAAAAAGCCUUUAGAAGUGGUUCAAAACUUAUACAGCAUCAAAGAAUGCAUACUGGUGAGAAACCCUAUGAGUGUAAGGAAUGUGGGAAGGCCUUUAGUAGUGCUUCAGAUCUUUCUCAACAUCAAAGAAUUCAUACUGGUGAGAAACCCUAUGAAUGCAAGGAAUGUGGAAAGGCAUUUGAAUGGGCAGAUUCACUUAUUUAUCACAAAAGAGUUCACAGUGGGGAGAAACCUUUUCAAUGCAAAGAAUGUGGAAAGGCCUUCAUUCGUGGCUCACAUCUUACUCAGCAUCAAAGAAUUCAUUCUGGUGAAAGACCUUAUGAAUGUAACGAAUGUGGUAAGGCCUUUUUUCGUGGCUCACAACUUACUUACCAUCAGAGAGUUCAUACUGCAGAGAAACCUUAUCGAUGUAUGGAAUGCGGAAAGGCCUUUAUUCGUGGGUCCCAACUUAAUGAACAUCAGCGAAUCCACACAGGCGAGAAACCUUAUAAAUGUAAGAAAUGUGGAAAAGCCUUUAGUUAUGGCUCGCAGCUUACAUUGCAUCAUAGACUUCAUACUGGUGAAAAGCCCUAUAAAUGUAAGGAUUGUGACAAGUCCUUUAUUCGUGGCUCACAACUUACUGAACAUCAGCGAAUUCAUACAGGUACCAAACCACAUGAAUGUAAACAGUGUGGAAGUACUUUUAACUAUGAAUCUCAGCUUCUUCGACAUCAGAGGAUUCACACAGGUGAGAAACCUUAUGAAUGUCAGGAAUGUGGAAAAUCAUUUGUUCGUGGCUCACAACUUACUGAACAUCAAAAAAUCCACACUGGUGAGAAACCUUUUGAAUGUAAGGAGUGUGGGAAGGCUUUUAUUCGUGGUUCGCAUCUUACGCAGCAUCAAAGGAUCCAUACUGGUGAAAAACCUUAUGAAUGUAAAGAGUGUGGGAAGGCCUUUAUUUAUGGCUCACAAUUGACUCAGCAUAUGAAAACUCAUACAGGUGAGAAUCCCCAUGAAUGUAAACAGUGUGGGGAGAUUUUUAUUUAUGCCUCACAGCUUACUCUACAUCAGAUUUUUCAUACUGGUAGAAAACCAUAUGAAUGUAAGGAAUGCGGUAAGGUUUUUAUUCGUGGUUCACAGUUAACGUACCAUCAGAGAGCUCAUACUGGUGAGAAACCCUAUGAAUGUAAUCAAUGUGGGAAGGCCUUUAUUCGUGGUUCACAUCUUACACAGCAUCAAAGAAUUCAUACAGGUGAGAAACCAUUCAAAUGUGAUGUGUGUGAUAAGGCUUUUAAUCGUGGCUCCCAACUUACUCAACAUCAGAGAAUUCAUUCUGGUGAAAAACCUUUUAAAUGUAAUGAAUGUGGUAAGAACUUUAGGCGUCAUUCACACCUUACUCAACAUCAGAAACUUCAUAAUGGAGAAAAACUUUGAAGACAGUAAUUUAGUAAAUUCUUCGCCUGUUUAUUACCCUGCUUUGGAAUAUAAGAAAAUCAGACUGUGAGUGUGGGAAUCCUUUAUAAUUUUCAUAACUAAUUCCCAUUAGAGAAUUAACAGUGAAGAAAAGCUAGAUUACUAUAAAUGUGGAGUUGUUUACAUCAUACUUCAAUCCCUAUUAGACAUUAAUACAUGUGUUUACCUCCCUGAAUUGUAGUGUUAUCUGAUUAGGUACCAUUUUUUUAAAGAUCAUCUAUGUUACAAGAUUUAUUCUAUGUGUGUUUUGUUGGGAAAAUUACUUUUGUUUGCUUUAUUUCCUUAUUUAUAAAACAUAAUACACCUCACUGAAAUGUUUGGUUUUAAAAGGAUAAACAAGCUUUAAAGAAAUGUACUAAUUAUGCUCAUUGUUAUUUUUAAACAUUUUUAAAGGAAAGCUAUACAAAAUACAAGUGUAGAAAAGUAUACAUCCCUUUUGAAGUAUCAGAUAAAUCACUUUGCAACAAAGCUAGUAAGUGUGAAGCUAUACCAUGUUCUGAACCAUAGCAAUUUUAGAGAAAAUUACAGGGGAAAAUGAAAAGCUGCUAGUGAAUAUUUGUGUAACGAGGUUUGUGAGGUUUGUGUGACUAUAAAUUUCCAUUCUUCCUGAGGUUGUAAGCACUUACAAAUGAUUUCUGUGUCUUACAGUAAAUGCAUGUUUUCUCUUAUAAUAAAUGGACAAACGCAGCUAUUUAUUUUAGAUUCACAUGUGACCGGUUUCUCUGCGUUUCCACGGUUUGAUAUUUACAACAUUAUCUUGUUCGAUAGGUAUGUUGUAAUACCUCCUGUGUUUUUUAAUUUGUGCUUCACUUAUUACAGAUUUACGUUAUUUGAAAUAGUAAUGUACUUUCAUCUGCAUAUCCAGUUUGGUGAAGUGCUUGUGUCUUUUUACUUUUUUUUUCUAUUGGAUUUUUGAAAGAGUGUGUCCUAUAUUCCAGAUAUUAGUCCUUUGUUGCCUUCAUGCUUUUCAAAUAUUUUCCUCAGUAGCUGACUCUUUAUCCAUUGACUUUUUCUUUCUUUGUUUUUGGACGACUUUGGCUGUGCUUAGGACUUAAUCCUGAUUCAGAGCUCAGGGAUCAUUUCUGCUGGGAUGUGGUGGGUGGGGGAUCCAACUGAAUUGGAUGUAUUUAACUGCCAUGAAGAGCAAGUUUUUGUUUUGUUUUUUUAAUGCAUAUUACAAUUUCCUUCUUUCAUUUUUUUUUUUUUUUGGUGGGGGCUGCAAUUGACCGUGCUCAGGUCUUAACUCAAGGGAAGAGCAAAUUUUUCACUGUCACUGUCAUCCGGUUGCUCAUCGAUUUGUUCGAGCGGGCACCAGUAACGUCUCUCAUUGAGAGACUUGUUACUGUUUUUGGCAUCUCCAAUAUCCACGGGUAGCUUGCCAGGCUCUGCCGUGUGGGCUUCAUACUCUCAGUAGCUUGCCUGGCUCUCUGAGAGGGGCGGAGGAAUUAAACACGGGUUGGCCGAGUGAAAGGCAAAAGCCCAACUGCUGUGCUAUCGCUCCAGCCCAAGCAAAUUUUUAAUGUUGAUAAUUUUAUAUCAAAUUUCAUAUCCAUAAAAGAAUUUUGAUAAGAUACUAAUUAUUGCCACGCCUAGUUACCAAAGAUUUUCUCCAAUGUUUUUGCCAAAAUUUUACAUUUAACAUGUAUGAUUAUUUCUAGUUAUUUGCAUGCAUUGUAAGCUUUAGUUUGAGUUUCUUUAGUUUAUGCUUGCCCAGUUGUUCCAGUACCAUUUGUUGAAAAGACUGUCUUUUCUCUCUUAUAUCUUUUUGUGCCUUUAAAAAAAAUCUUGGCGGGCAGGGUGCUUGCCUUUCAGCCUAGGUUGAACCUAGGUUCAAUCCCUGGCAUCCCAUAUGGUCCCCAGAGCACCAGCAGGAGUAAUUCCUGGGUGCGGAGCCAGGAAUAACCUAUACUCACCGAGUAUGGCCCCAAAAUAAGACAAACAAAAAUGAACCUUAGACAAAUUUGUCAGGAUUUUUUUUUGGGGGGGGUGGGGAUUCUUACAUCAUUUUAAUCUGUGACUGUCCUUGAUUAUUGUCACUAUAUACAGUGUCCUUACUGGUGAUUCCUUUCACUUUCUUUUUUGAAAAUAACUGCUAUUCUAGACCUGUGUUUCACUUACAAAAUAAACUUACAUUUAAGUAUAUCUAUAAAAUUGGAAUUUAAUUUGAGUUCUAAUCUGAGAACUUGCUAUAUAUUUUUGCAUCAGAAGGUCUUUAUGUUUCUCCUCAAAUGUUGCAUCCCAUUUUUCAUAUCACUGCCCUAUAGGAUCUUUGCUGAUGUAAUCAAAUUAAGAUGAGAUUACAGUAAGCAGAAAUCUAAUUACUGGUGUCCAUAUUAGGGGAAGGAAAUGUGGGCUGGAGCAAUAGUUCAGUGGGUAGGGCACUUGCUUUGAAAGUCAUGUUGGGGUAGCUCCCAUCCUCCACCUCCAGAAAGGAAAUGUGGACAAUAGAGAUAUGAAAUCAGAGGUAGUGGUUGGAAUAAUGUAUCUGUAAGCCAAAGAACACAGGCUUACUUGUAAUCACCAGAAAAACUUAAGGGCAAGAGGAAUCCUCCCCUAGAAACUUCAGGGACAGACCUUAGUCCUACAAGUUCCUCCCUGACUAGGGUGUGUCAUCUUUCUACUUUUUAAUAAACUUUGUUAAGAUUCUUUAAAAAGGAAAGAAAAUAACCAGAGGUAGCAUAGCCCUGCCAAUACCUUGAUUUUAGGUACUUAGUUCCCCAAAAUACUUUUAAAAAGUUUGCUAUCCUAACCUAUGGUAUUACUGACAGUCAUUUGAUUUAUUAGGAUUUGUAAUUUUGGUAUACAGCUUAUAUACAUAGUUUGUAAGUGGAUUUUCUUUUGAAAAAUUUAAAGAUGUUUCUUAUUUGGUUUUUGCUUACCUGUCAUCUGUAUAAAUACAUAUGUAUUUGUAUAUGUAUAUAAAUAUGUGUGUAUUUAAAUUUAAAAUCUCUGGCCUUUCUGCAGAACUCACUGGUUCUGGAAGGUAAUUGUCAGUGAAUUUUCUAUGUACACAGUGUUCUCUGAAAGCAAAUUUAUUCCUUUCUAGACCAUAUGUUAAUGUUUAAUAACCGUGUUGAGGGUAGAUAUUGUUGUCUUGUUCCUGGUCUUAUUGGGACAUGCCCUAAAUAUUAUAUCAUUUUUUAGUUACUUUGUGUGUGUGUGUGUGUGUUUGAAUUUAAAAUCUCUGUUCUUUCUGCAGAACUCACUGAUUCUGGAAGGUAAUUGUCAGUGAAUUUUCUAUGUACACAGUGUUCUCUGAAAGCAAAUUUAUGUAUUCCUUCCUAGAUUAUAUGUUAAUAUUUAAUAACAGUAUUGAGGGUAGAUAUUGUUGCCUUGUUCCUGAUCUUAGAGGGGGGACAUACACUAAAUGAUACCGAUUAUUAGUUACUUUGGGGUGUGUGUGGGGUGUGUGUGUAUGUGCAUGUGCUUUGGGAUCACUCCCAUAUGUGUUUCUGGCAGUACUCUGGGGACUAGGAACAUGUCUGGGUGCCAGGGAUUGAACCUGGGUAAGGGUCAGCUAUGUGCACAGUUCUACUCACACUCCUGUACUAUCUGGCCUCUACUUUUUUUUUUAACCACCAUUGAAGGAUUGUCCCUCUAUUCCUUUUGAGUUUUAUUUUUAAUCUUAAAUAUUUUGGAUUUUAUCAUUUGCUUUUCUUGUUGCAAUUGAUAAUAUUAUUACUUAUCUUCAACUUCAACUAGUUCUUUAACUUAUUCUAACCCCAACUUGUGAAUCACAUUGAUUAAAUUUUAUUUCUUUUGGUUGUGAGGCCACACCCAGCAGUGCUUAGGGACAAAUCCUGGUUUGAUGUUUGGGAGUCAGUUCCCCCUUAAGGGACAUGCGGUGCCAGUGAUCUGUCCAGGCUCCCUGCCUGCAAAGCAUUUACUUGACUAUCUCUCCAACAUUGCCUCUAUGCCUGCAGCAAGAAAGCAAGUUUAUUAAACUAUAGGACAUUUUAGAACAGAAAUGAGUUGAUCACACAAAUUGUAGUCAACAAACAUUUUUUUUCAGUGUCAACCCACUCGUGUCUGCUCAUAAUAAAUCACAUGUAAAACUGGGUAUGUUUGUCAGCUGUAGCAUUAAAUACCUUACAUGUGUGAAGCUACAGAUUCAGUACAUAUCAUUACACACAUCAUUUAAGUGAUAGUCAUGUUGUAUAUUUCCUUGUUGGAAUUGAUUUACUAGCAUUUUGUUGAGGAUUUUGAGCUUAAAUUUAUGAAUGUUUUAUCAUUUUCUUUUUUUAUGGCAAGGGGCCACACGGUGAUGCUCAAGGAUCUGUACUCAGGAAUUAUUCCUGGCAGAUUUGAUUGCUGGCAUCCUGACCAUGUGGGGUGCUGGUGAUCAAACCUGGGUCGGCCCAUGUAAGGUCAGCGCCCUACCCACUAUAAACAGUAGCUCUGGCUCCUGUUUCUUCCUGUUUUUAUCUUAGCUGUUCUUUGCUUACUUUGGUUAAUAGAGAUAUAAAAUGAGUCUGAACUAGGGUUCAGGUUCAGAAAUACUCCCGAAAUAGAACACCAGUUUCAGUGUUCUUGUUCUAUUUCUGGAAUAAGCAUUGAAUUUAUUUUCAUUCUGUAAUUGAAACUUUGCCAGUGUGGUUACUGGUGUUAGGAUUUCUUUGCUGGGAGAAGUGAGUAUAUAAUUAGACACCGAUAUAAAUUAAAUGUCUUUAAUUGCUAUUAGACAACCUGACUGUUUGGGAUAUCUGUUUCAUCUUAGUCAUGAUUUAGUAGUUUAUAGUUUAAAGAAACGUAACAUAAGUGAAUUUACAU